UCUCGUACUGCGUAUAAUGUCACCUGCUACUAUCACUACUACAGCCUUCCCAGUAUGGUUUGCUUAUGAUGAUGACACCGACGGUGGCCACCACCACCAUCAUCACCAUUCGUCGGUAGAAUGGGAGUAUGAUGGUAUGAGUGCUCUCAUCUUGGAGGACUUUAUGCAACACAACUUGCUGUCGUAUUCUGGCAACCACUUAGAUGAUAAUACACAUCGUCGACAUAGCGUGAAUACUAUCACUGACAUGCUUAAUGAUAUGAUGAAGAGAAAUAAGAGAUCCUUAGGAUGUAGUCAUAUGGCUGAUCAUCAUGGCGAGGAUGAAGUGGAGGAGGAGAAGGAGGACGGCUUAUCCCGAUCUAAUGACAGCCUCGGACAACAUGCCAUACUCCCUCCUUAUGUUGAGAACACCAUACCAUUCCAUCAGGGUUCUGAUAGUAUUCUGCAUGAGGGUGAUCAUGUCAUCAACAACCGCCAGGAUAUUCAAAUCGACUGGGCGUCUCUCAUUACGGCUCCGGUGGUGACCACAACACAAUAUACGAGCCUUUUCUCCUCACCUUAUUAUACAACUAAAGAGGACUCCACUCUAGAUGACACUCUGUCGGUGGCCUACUCUGCUGAUUCUCCCUCCUCUGCUGGCAGUGGUGGCCAAGCUGAUAGGGAUACCAUUGUUGGAGUGGAUAAGGAGGAUGAUGGUAUCACUAAUGAAGAAGAGGAGGAGGGUGAUUGGACACUCCUCUAUGAUAGCACUCUUGAUUAUGAUGCUGAGGCAUCACCUCCCACCCUCGACUUGAGCGAUGCUCCGCCUCACGAUUUCAUCUUGCUGUGAUUACGUGGAUAGGCGGGGUAUGUCGGCGAGUAGCAGUUGUUAGCACUGUUGUUAUCGUUGUUAGUAUGACCCAGGCUUUGUCCUCGGUAGUCCGUUGCUGUUGUGCAUCAUGCUCAUUACCACUACCUGUUUGGGUUUAGUAUACCAUACUUAGGCGGGGGUUUUGAAGUUGUGCCAAGGGUGGUACUAUCACCACUAACCAUCAUAGACCACUAUCAUCUGUCUAUAUUUUUAUCAUUAUUAGCACCUCACAUUUCAGCAUCUUAUCCGCUGUGAUAGCAGCGAUUCUGUCGAAUCUCACUAGCACAUGUAGCACUAUCGAGGUUGCAGAGCUCAUACUCAUAGUACGUUGCUGCCUGUAAAUCGUAUUAAUGUGGCUACUA